GUCGUCUUCAGAGAAGCGUUUUUAAAAGCGGAUCAGAUUAUUUGGAAAUUAAAUUAAUUUGAAAGGAUUUUUCACGCUAAUUGGGCCUGAAUAUGCUAUCCCGACGCAAGAGACCGGUACCAUUCCACCAUAGAGGUUUGGUUGCCCCCAGGACUGGAGUAGGAGGGCCGUUGAAUAUCAAAGGAGAGACAGUAGCCGUUCCUGAGGAAAUUAGUGAAGAUAGCGCAAGAGGCGCCUCUAUACUUCCUUCGUCACGAACCGAAGGCGGGACUCAGUACCAAGAGACUACUAGCUUACAGCCAUUUAUUAAUGAAGAAAUAGCCGAGGUCACGACCCCGGAACCGGAAGAAACUGUAUCACCGACACCUGUCCCUCCACAACCGACACCGGAACGACUUUUCAGUUCAUGGGGCCAGGAGAUGGCAGCAGACGUUUCAGACUUGAUAAAAGGGGGAGGCUCUGAAUUAGUCCUCCCCACGUUGACUCAGGGACGAACCCCCCAAUUUGCAAUCCAAGGAUCUCCUAGAUCUAACUCAAGAAUGCGAGCAGCCACUACCCCCGCUUCGAAGAGACUUCCUGGCAUACCGGAACCAAAUACAGGAACAGCCAUAACACCUUCAGGCCGCAAGACAGCUUUACCGCCCUACUAUGUUAAGAGUUCUAUAGAUGACGUGGAAAGGUUUCCAGCAAUUCAUGCAAGCGUUUGGGCAUCACGCGGAGAGAAAAGAGUCGAAUAUAGAGGCUUUGUUUCUGCUCCACCGGUUUCUGCGACUCCGCCCACGACAGCUCCGAGGAAAGGAAGUCCGUUACGACUGAACACGAUUCCUCUGAAACGUCCUUCUGCAGUGAAUAAGCCAGAUGACACGCCGGCACCGUGCUGGCGAUGCGCUCUACAUCUUGAACAUUCGAAAUGUGAAACUACAAAGUAUAUAAGAAUUGGUGGUGGAUUCCGUCACAGUUAUUGGUUCGUCCGUCAAAUGAUCGAGCGAGCUCGAAUUGAAGAGAUGCAGAAACUGUCAGUACUACGAGGAGAACAAAGAAAGAUCUUCCAAGAGAAGUUGAUGUGGAGAAUUGGCGCUGAUGGAAAACGUGAAAGACGAAUCAAGACAUUUGUCCGAACCGCAAGUGGAAGAAAGAUUGUAAAGUACCAAUAUGUUGCAGAGGAUGUAUUCGAUGACAUGAUGAAACUCCGCGAAGGUGGCUCAGAGUCAGCGAAACGACGUUUGCAAGAGAAACUUGCCGCAGCAGGUAUUGACCAAGACCAACUAGACACGGACUGGGAUCCCAAUGAUGUCGGCCUCGACGAUCUAGCGCUAGACGAAGAAGGAAACGUUCUUGUCGAUGAGUUUGGCGAACCAAUUGAUGUUUUUGAUGAGGAAAAAGUACAAAAAGCGAUAGAACGUCGUCGUAAACAACGUCGAGGACGACUCGGCAGUGAAGAUGAAGAAUCUCAUGCAGACAGUGGGCUUGCUUUUGAUGAGAAAGAAGAGAAAGAAAGGAGAAGGAGGAGAGAUGGUAAGAGUGGGAGUGAGAGUGAUGAGGAGGAAGGAGCAACAAGGAGAAUAAGAAAAAAAGGAGCAACAGGGUGGGAAAGUGAGAGCGACGAAGAAGGGCCAGGUGGGAGGGGAAAAAACAAGAAAAAAGGGGGUGGAGAUUGGGAUAGUGGAAGCGACGACGAAACUGGAGUAGGGGGACGUAAAAAGGGCCGCAAAAAGGGCCAUGAUGAUGAUGAUAGUGCGUACUCUGGGGAUUCCCAAGCAAAGGGGAAAGGCAAAGGAAAGAAAAAAGGUGGUCACCACGGAGACGGCGAUUUCGACGACAGCGGAUCAGAUCACGGACAUGGACGACGUCGCAAAGGCAAAAAGGGCAAAGGUCGUGGCGGUGAUUCAGAAGAUGACACUGAUGACAGCAGAGGUGGACACGGGAAGAAAAAAGGACGCAAAGGAAAGAAAAAAGGGGGUGGGGAUUACGAUUCAGGCAGCGAAAGUGAUGGUGGGGGUCGUGGGGGGAGAAAAAAGAAAGGAAAAAAAGGGAAAGGCAAAUAUGACGACGAUGAUGAUGAAUCUGGAAGUGACGGGGGACGACGUGGGGGGAAGAAAAAAGGCCGAAAAAAGAAAGGGGGAGGGGGUGAUGACGAGGAAUUUAGUGAUGACUCUCAAGGAGGUCACGGCAAGAAAAAAAAGAAGAAUCGACGUGGCCGUAAAGGAGAUGAAAGCGGAUCUGGAUCGGAUUACUCCGGGGAGGACGGUGAUCGCAAAGGGAGAAAAAAACAUGGAAAACGUCGAGGCCACAGACACGAUUCUAGGAGUGGAAGUCGUUCAGAUAGCGGUGGUGGUGGUAGGAGACGUCGUGGUGGUGGUAGGAGACGCCGGGGUGGUCGUCAUGGUGAUUCAGGAUCUGAUUCAAGGUCAGGAUCAAGGUCGCAUUCUAGGUCAAGACAUAGAGGCAAAGGUCGUCGACAUCGUCACCACGGUGAUGAUGAUGACUACUCAGGGUCAGGUUCAAGGUCAAGAUCAGGGUCAAGAUCACGAAGGCGUAGAAGUCGGCACAGACGAAGAAAGGAUGGUUCUGAUUAUGGGUCAGGUGGAAGCUCGUAUGAUAGUGGCGACUCACGCGGGGGGCUUCGUAGACAUGGAAAAAAGAAACAUCGCCACCGACACCGUGGACGUCAUGGUUCAUCAGGUAGCGAAGGUGAUAGUGGCAGCGACGAGGAGGGCGGACGUCGAAGAAAACACAAAAAACACCGAUCUCGUCAUCGCAGACGUAGCGGGAGCGCUCACUCAGAUUAUUCAAGUCGAACGCCAUCGGGGAGUGAAAGUGGGGACAGUCGUUCUCGUCGUAAAAGUCGACACCGUCGUAAAAAGAAGCAUAGACAUCGACAUUCAUCGGAUGAUGAUUACAGCGACUAUAGCGAUGAUCGUGACCGCAAAUCCCGCAGACGAAGACAUAGACGUCACGGAUCUUCAGAUCGUAGUGGAAGCGAGACAGAUGACAGCGAUAGAUCGAGAAGAAGAAGCAGGAGACGCAGGAGAAAAAGAAGAGAAGAUGAUUCUGGUGGAUCGUCAGGUGAUAGCGAUGACAGCAGACAUCGAAGGAGACGCAGAAGACGUCGGCAUCGUUCUGGAUCAGGAGGGUCAGACUAUUCCUCUGAUUCUGAUAGAAGUAGACGCCGUCGCCGACGAAAACACAAACAUCGUGAUGGCAGUGAGGACUCUGGGAGUGAAUCAGACCGUAGCCGUCGUCAUAGGAGACACAGACGUCAUCGUCGCCAUGGUGAUGAUGACAGUUCUGGUUCGGAAUCUGAUAGAUCGAGACGUCGAAGGCAUAGAAGACAUAGAAGAAGAUCUUACAGUACAGGAUCAAGUUCUUCUCGUUCCCGCCAUCGAAGCAGAAGAAAGAAAGAUAGACAUCGACGCCGAGGUAAAUAUUCCGAUUCUGAUACAAGCUCUUACAGUGAUGAUUCGGAUGAUUCAAGAAGAAGACACAGGAGACAUAGAAGGCAUAAAAAAUAUUCAGACGAUUCAGAUUCAAGUAGCGAUGACAGCAGACGAGACAGAAGGAGAAGAAAAGAUAAAAAAGAUCGCCGACAUCGCCGUCGUUACUCGACCAGCACAGAAGAAAGUUCUGCUGGAGACGAGAAACAUUCGAAACGAAAAGACAGGAAGAAGGACAGAAGAAAGAAGUAUUAUUCUGACUCUUCUGAAACUGACAGCGAUGAUAGCAAUCGAAGUCGAGGCCACAAAAAGAAGAAACGCCGUCCGCCUAGACCACCAAGCACAUCAUCGAGCGACCUCAGUUCCGAGGCUUCGAGUAACAAGCUACGGGGAAUGACUAAAGAGAAGCGAAAAGAGUACGAGAGACGCAGGAGAGAAAAAAUUGAGAGAAAAGAAGAAAGGCAAAGAAUGAGAGAUGAAUAUGAGAGAUAUCAGGAGAAAAAAGAGAGGAAGAAAGAACGGAGAAAAGCUCGUGAGCGUGGAGAACCAGUGUCAACGUCUUCUGAGAGUGAUUGGGGGGAUGGAAAAACGGCUGUAAAAUAUGGACGAGGAGCGAGGAGAGGACAUGACCGAAAAGAUUCAGAUGACUUCAGAGACAUUGGAUACGAUGAUCCUAAUGAUCCUUGGAAAAAGAAAGAUAGAAGGAAGCAUGAAAAGAAAAAGAAAGACAAAGGAAGGAGGGGGGAUACCGGAGCGGGGAGUUCCGAUGAUAUUCCCUCCUCAGAGUCAGAAUUUGAUGAAGUCACUGGAAGAAGAGUGAAGAAGGAUAAAACUAAGAAAAAAGGGAGAGGUGAUCUAUCCUCUGAUAGUGAAGUUGAAUCAAUUUAUGAAGAUGUUUUCAAUGAGGAUGGAACUGUUGAAAGAAAGAAGAUCCGGGUUCCAAAAUCCAAGAAGAAGAAAGAGAAAAUUUACGAUGAUGAUGAACUGGAUCAGGAAUCUGAAUACGACUCCAUUGAUAGCGCUGAGGCAGAUAGAAUGAUAGCCAGACAAAUAUAUGAUAAGGACGGUGAAGUAAUCAGACUAACUAAAGAUGGCCGCCGAAUCAAGGAUGGAAAAAUAAGUAAAGAAGUUUUCGACUUGGAAAAACACAAACAGAAGAAGGAAAAGAAAAGGAGAGAGAAGCAACUUCUUGAGAGAAGUUAUGAAGAAGAAUACGUCGAAGAAUUCUUAGAUGAAGAUGGACAAGUUGUUAGAGUUGUCAAAAAGAGACUGAAAGGCCAAACAUUACCAGGCAGACGUCCAACUACACCUCUUACUGGACCAAGACGUGUCCAAGUCCUAUUUUUGAAAGGUGGCAAAUAUCUUCAGGACAGACUCAAUAUGCUUCUGGAAACUUGCACUCUCAAUACUGCGGAUCCUAGAAAAAGGCUUCGACCCAUCAGUGCCUCUAGUGACGAGGGAGCGUUAGAUCUUGAUGAAAGAGAUGGCAGGAUAGAUUAUCUAUCUCACUACCGACUUGUAGAACCAGAGAAACUGGAAACCUACGGUAAAGCCUUUGUCGUGGAGGACACAGACGAAAACAAUGUCUUGAAUCUGAAUGAAACCAAGGUUGCCUUGGAAGGCAUUCCGACUUUACAAGGAUUAAGUCCCAGACAGAUGCAUUAUAUAUUGAAAAUUCUCGGAAUUGAUGAUGCAACUCUCGUUACUUUCAAAAUGUUUGCCGUUGUCUGUGCUUUGUGUGAAAGAUUGCUUGAAGUUGUUGAUGAACAGACUAAGCAGUGGAUGGAGAUUGAUGAUUUGAUGGAUUUAGAAAGGAAACUAGAUCUUUACAGACAAAUGUUUUAUUGGAAUAUCUGCUCGGACAGAAGUUCUAACUACAUUAAGGCCUCAUCACUCAGAGUCGAGCUGAUUGCUGGAGGAGUGAGUCGAAGACAGGAAGAUGAAGUUAUGGCGAGGAUUGAAACCAACAUUUAUAGAGAGGUAUCUUUCUUAGACUACAUGGCGUUCGUUCCUUUAUUUCUCUGUGCUCACGAGAACAUUGUAGAAAAUCCACUGGAUAAUUCGAGAGACAAAUUCACUGGAGAGAAAGAAAAAACACUCAUACCUGAAAAAGACAUGGUUCCUCUUGGAAGGCAGAUGUCAAGGAAAGCUGCAUUGAGCAUGGGAUCUAUACCAAUACCUUACUUAUUUGAGAAGAGGCCAGGUUCAUCAUUACGAAAGCGAAUCAGGCUCUGUCUACCCAAACCACCAAUUGAGGAGGUAGGAACACCGGACUCUAUGGCGACACCUAUAAUGUCACCUGUUCCCCCCAAAGUCAGCAGAUUAGAAGCUUUAAAGAAACGAAUGAAACUAUGACAGAAUAAUAAAACAAACAUGAAGAAAUAUGGAACAAAGAAUUGGCCAUCACAGAAAGAAUAUUCCAGCCGAAAAUAUUCCAUGUUCCCAUUCAUUUUUUCAAUCUAGCGUACCAGGGACUAUUUCACAAUAAGCUAUUCUGCUGUAAAGGAUUAGAAUGAAUUUUGGCGAUGUUUAUAUGAAUGCACAACAUAGUUUCAAUUCUUUCACCUGUUUAUGUGAAUUGGAAAAUAAAAUUCAGCUUCCCUGACAAUGAAUAUUAGAAAUUGAAAGCAUUUUCCAGUUCAAAAAUAUUCCAUGUUCCCAUUCAUAUUUUAUUGGGGUAUUCCAUAUGUUUUUAGUGAUAAAACUGUUUGAUGCAAAAACGUAUUCAAAUUAGAAGGGAGUGUAUUAAAUUAACAAGAUAGGGGACAAGGGGACUUUAACACAAUGGGACGUGUAUUCAGUACUAAUGCACUUAUUCUAAGUAAAUUUAUUUUUAAAAUGCUAUGAUUAAGUCUUUAUGUGCUUCAUUGAAAUUUGUAUUUUUUGUUUUACAACACUGUGAAUAAACACCUUCAAUAGUC